UCAAGGAACAACACAAAACAUGUCCGAGUGCGGCAGGCGGAACAUUUAACCUGCAACGAACCACCUUCGUUAAACCUCGAUAGUCAACGAUUCGACCGACUGCUAUAUGAUUCGCGUCGUGUUAACGGCCGACAACCCGGAAAGAUGCCGCAGAAAGCACUGGGAUCCAUUGUAGGUCUGCUUUGUACCGGGACCUGUCUAGUGCAGGGGAAAGAGUUCUGUUUCGGGGUAAACAAUGAGCAGUACCGCUGUGAGAUGGGGUACUGCUGUGGAGAGACAGAAUGCUGCACCUACUACUAUGAGCUCUGGUGGUUCUGGUUGGUAUGGACCCUUAUAAUCAUGCUGAGCUGCUGCUGUGCCUAUCGACAUCGGAGGGUUAAGAUGCGUCUUCAGCAGGAGCAACGUCAACGUGAGAUCAGCCUCAUGGCCUACCAAGGAGCCUCCAGCUCCUUCAUUUCCCCUCCACCGCUCAAUCUAAGGUUCUGGAACGACUGCAAGCUUCCUGACUAUGAAGAGGUAGUAGGCCACCCCCCGACACCACCUCCUCCGUACUCUGAAAACCCCCUUGAGACCACUCCUGCACUAAUCCCUCAAGUGAGUCAGCCAGACGCCAUGGUGCCACAGCCCCUGCCCGAGGCCGACUUAAGGGUGGAAAGUCAGGCCUCGGGCUCAUCGGACCAGGAAGCAGUGGCGAUGUUGAUCCAAGGCGAGGAGAAUGUCGAGGCUUCACUGAUGGUGGUGGCGGCGGAGGAGGAGGAAGAAGAAGAGGAGGAGGAUGAGGAGCUCGUCACCCGACGUCGCCACGUAACCGGCGACUCUGGGAUUGAGGUGUGCGUUUGCCAGCUGGACGUGGACGAGGGCUCGGAGCUUGAGGAGGAAAACGACGAGGAGCACCGGAUGUGCAAGGUCACCGGUCAGGACUGCUGCUCCGGACACCAGCGGCAGACCUUCAGACAGAAGGAGCGCUCCUCGGAGCUGCCCAGCCAGACUGCCAGCACCAGCACGGGAGACCACAUGGUGUGAGCCACAGCUUUCCUAAACCAGCCAACCAGCGGGGCUUUGUGCUUCACGCAGGGUGAUAUUAUUCUCAUCAUCAUCAUCAACACCACAGAGAGUGAGACUGUUUGUUCUUCAUUCCAGAUGAUCGUGAUAACUAAUCCUUUGAGGAAAACAUAAAUGACAUAAAUUACAUUGUGUGGACCAACUUUAGUUUUCAAAUGUUUUGUUUAGCUUUUCUUUUUGUGGGGAAACCAGCAAACACAUUUGGUAUGUUUUUGUGAGGGUACAUUUCGAGAGUCACGGUUAGUGAGACGACAACAAAUGAUUGUGACUGAAACCAGAAGUUCCCUUAGUCCUCUUCUCUCCUUGGCCGCUGCUGUCGUGUUUCCGUGCGUGUGUCGCCACUAUAUCUCUGGUCAUAACAUCACCGGCCUUGCCUUCAUCUGACAUUUUACCUCCGACGGGACUGUCAGCGAGGAGCAUACCAACGCGGUCAACAACAUUUCUUGAGGCAGAGGAGUCGAAAACAAACCUUGACAACUGAAAAGAUCGGAACACACACUUUCCUUUGACCCGACGCUGUGUGUGUGUGUGUGUGUGUGUGUGUGUGUGCUGUGAAAUCUAGGGCAUGAUGAUGUCGGCUCUGAGGUCAUUGCGACGAGCGUCUGGCGUGAAGUCUGGGACGUUUGGCAUCUAGAGUGGGGGAGACAGUUCACCCACAAGCAGCAGAGGCAGGAUACGAGAAGGAGUUCUACUUCGUCUUUUAAAUUUCAUACCCCCCCCGCACCACACACACUCUUUUUUUCUUCUUUUUGAUAUCCAUAUUGUGGUCACCACUUAGCAUGACUGGAAGGAAGGAUUAGUGAUUUAAUAAUUGUGUGCACCUCAUUGCCCCACUUCGAUGUCUGACUGCAUUAAUAUUAUAAGUAGUAUGUAGUUCUUUUUUAAAUUUCAUAACCAGCUUUGCAUAAAUAAAAGCUGCAGCUGUCGCAUUAAUUGCUGCAGAGCUCCCGAUGGGGGGCUGCUAGAGUGCGUACUCGUGAGUGCAGGAGGGAAGGGUGGAGUCUUGUGCGUUUGUGUAUCUUUACAGUGCUGUAGCGCCUGGUUGUACUUGCUCAGCACCAAGGUGGAUUAACUAUUAAAAGCCCUGGUAUUUUUGCAUGAGGCAUGCACUUCUGUGUUUGUAUUUGAGUUCAUUAGUAUGUUUUAGUAGUUGAGCUACUUGCUUUGCUCAUCUCUAUUACCAACAAAUUAUAGUGGACUACAGCGGCCCCACAACCCCGCGCCCAGAUGCUGGGGUCAAGAAAUGGACUGUGGGUUUGAUUUUGAUUUGUGAUUUGUGAUCGUGAGCCACGCAAAGCUGUUGUGCUGGUAGUUGGUCGGUAAGCUGCUGCCGUCUCCGUGUCCAUCUCGCCCUUCGCAGUGUGAGUGUGUGUGGGGGGAUUUGCGGAGGUAUUUUCCGUUGGCAGCGGAUGGAGGGGUGCAUGAGCAAGUCGAGGGGAACGCAGGCUCUGCGCUCCACUCGGUGUUGGCACAGCGACAUAAUCUAUCAUGAUUCACGGCAUGCUGUGUUGCGUGGCGUUUGCCCAAUAUAUGGCACGGUAACUGGUUGUUGUGAGACAGGAAAGGCACCGCAAAACAAAAUUGAGAUUACAAUAAAGUUUGAGCGAGAGACGAGCGGUAACUGACAAGUCAGUGAAUGUUUCAUGUCCAACAGCUUUUUGUUGUUUGCUCUCAGAAUGAGCUCAGUGUAAACACACUUGAUGGUCUUUUAUCAUCGCUACAGUGUGUACAUCCACAGGCACACAAAUAAAUGUCCUGGCUUCAGUAUCUGGCCUUAAUAAGCUGUUCAAACUUAAAACAUGUUGUGACUUCAUUUCGUUCUCGCCAGAUAUAUUUCUUUAGGUAUUCGAAACAAAUUGUCUCUUUUUAUUUUGGGCCUUGAUUGAACUCUGACGAGGACGCACUCUUGAAGCGGUUGACCUCGUAUCGAGAAGAGCCCCCGGGUGUCUGGCCCGUGUGGUCGCCUAAGGCUGAAGAUGAAAGGAGAUUUAGUUUCCUGUUCCAUUAAAUGGUCCGACUCCUACAACGUGCCACUGCCUUAUCAGAGGAGAUGUUUCUUUCCAGCGGUGACGGUUGUGUUGUUUCCGGCGUGGUUGCUUCAGAGCGGAGGAGUGCUUCUGGCUCGAGGAGCUUUGACCUUGUUCCGAGAACGUGCGCUCGCUUUAUGAGAAGAGGAUGUGGUUUAAAAAAAAACGUUGAACGCCACGAGAUUGAAACUGUCCUGUUAUGAAGAGUUUUAUUUGCAUUGUUUCUUCAUUGUUGAAUUUAAAUAACUGUGUAGUUUAGUUACUUUUGGCACUGAUGGAAUUCGUCAAGACCAGAUUUUGAGUUUGUGCUCCUCCUGUUUUUCGCAGUUGGUCUGUGACAUCCACCGGCUUGAAAGAAUGACGAAAAACUAUUGUUUUAGUUUUCUACGGUUAUGUUACGAUUUAUCCUUUUUGUGUUUGGAGGCCAUAAGUGAACUUCCACAAGAGAUUGCGUUGCAUUUUGCUUAAAUGUAUCCAUAUGUAGACACGAUAUUAGGGUGUGGGGGGGCAUGGGAAAGAGGAUAGUUGUUGUUUUUUUCGUGCAUGAGUGAGCUGGAGGUCCAUAGUUUUCCCAUUGCCGAAUAACUGCUAUGCCGCUCUGGUUUUCACAUGUUUACAGAGCUUAAGGGCUACAUCGGUCAUCAAUUGUGGACAGACAUCCGCCUCACUGAGUGAUUCAUCGCCUCUGGUGUCCACUAAAAGCCACAGUUGCCGAGAUCCGACUCUCUGAACAUGGUCCGUUUUUUGGGGUUUGGAUGUGAUUUUAAUGUUUUGGUGGAGCUCAUAUUUAACUCUCGCUGAUUGUAUACGACCGCGUAUGUUUGUGUAAUAGGCUUUGCCUUUUUUUGGUAAAAUGAGGUGCGUGAUUUGACCCCCCCAAAUCUUUAUUUCUGCAUCACGCCUCUCUGUAGUUUAUUGUACUUUACUCAACUCUGCUAUGCAACAACAUAAACCUACUGAUAUAUGCUGCGACCGCUUUCUCUCAGUGUGUCAUUUGUCUGGUUUCCAGAACAAGCAAUAUAACUGAGUACUUGUGGCACAGCACUGUACUGUAAUCUACUUAGGUUGGUGUGCGUAUAUGUAUUUGUUUAAGAACACUUGUAAUUCUACCUGCAAUGAUGUGAGAAUGUAGGUUCAGUGGCAUCUGAGGGGCUUGAGUUAAGAAGCCUUUCUAGUUUGUAUAUUCUUUAUUUUUUUCUUUCCUGCCUGCAUCAUCGACCACUAAUAGUUUGUACCCCUGACUUAUGGCUGAGCCACAUUAUUAAGAUAUUUAACCCUGAGGGGAAAAAAGUUGAAUAUAUUGUUUUAAUAUCUGUAAUCCAUUGGUCACUUUUCCAUCCCUCGUCUUUGUUGCACUAAUUCAAUGUGUUGGUUUUCUCCCCCCCCGACUGUUGCCUUUAAUCCUCAGUUAUUACGCCAUCAAUUUCAAAACUUUUAUAUAUUAUACAUACGAGAGACCUCAACAUAGACACAUUGGGCUUAUACGAGCACUCCGAGCUUAUCGGUCAUUGUUUGUGUCAAUAGAUGAAUACCAACGGGAUGGGUGAGCUUUUCUUUCUUUUGUUGACAAAAUGAGAACCAUCUUAGUUUGAGAAGAAGGCGGGACAUCUACAGACUGUUUCUACAUUGUUUUGCUGAUACCUUUGAAACAAGCUGGAGUGGUAAAAGAAACCUUUAAAGCACUGAAUGCUUAAAUAUUUGUUUGAGUAAAAAGUCUGCCGUGUACUCUUUGGGUCAUUUGUAUUUUAUUUUUUUAAUAAAACAAAGCUUGGCAUUUAACUGAC